AUGUUCAAAGCUACCAGGGCCCUGUCUAUGCAGCCGACACGCAUGAUGGCCAUGCAGCCUACGCGCAUGGCUGCCAUGCGCCCGAGCCCCCAGCUCUUCAUGAGGCAGACGAUGCGCAUGCGCAACCCUGUGCCUAAGGAGGAGCACGGCGCCCACACCGUAUCCCAGCGUAUCCGCCAGCUCAAGAACAUCCCCACUGAGAUUUGGCCUCUGAUCAUCGUUCUCGGCGUUGCCGUCGGCAUGGCCUUCUUCUCCAUCACCCGGAAACUCUGGGUCGACAAGACCCUCCGCCUCAAGCGACAGGGCAAGCAGGAGUAA